UUUUUUAUUUUUUAUACAAUUCCAAUGGGGUGGAUUCAAUCAUUUACAUGCAUUACUGCUUGCGUCUUGUUAUUACAACAAUCAACUGUGAGCGCCAUGCCCAUGAAUGAACCUAGAGCUCUCAUUAAGCGAGGUGCCACCUUGACCGGUAAAUUUCUUCACAUCACCGAUAUCCAUAUAGACCCAAAAUAUUUAGAAGGCGCUGACCCAGACAAUUACUGUCAUCGUCAUGGCAAGAAGCGAUCCAGCGAAAGUGGUAAAUACGGAGCCUUGGGUACCAGAUGUGAUUCCCCUGUGGCUCUUGUCAAGACCGCAUUUGACUUUCUCAAGAAAGAAAUCAGAGACAUUGAUUUCAUUAUUUAUACUGGUGACACCGUCAGACAUGACCGCGAUGAUGAUUUACCUAGAACAAAAAAGGAUGUCAUUGAUGGACAUACUUCAGUCAUGAAGUACUUUCAAUCUGCUUAUGAUCUCAAGCACACUCCCUAUAUACCCACCAUUGGUAACAAUGAUGCAUUUGGUCACAACGACGUGGUAAAGAACGAUAAGAUCUUUACCAGCCUGAAAACCAUCUGGUCCCCCUUAAGUCUCAAUUUGACCCAGGCCUUUAGUUCGGGCGGUUACUUUGUGCAAGACAUUGUGCCAGACAAAUUAAGUGUCAUCAAUUUAAACUCCAUGUACUUUUUCGAAAAGAAUUCCGACGUUGCUGAUUGUAGCAGUUCCACAAGCCCUGCUACCGUUCAAAUGAAAUGGCUCGAAUCAACUCUCAAGGAAUUCAAGUCCAAGGGCAAUGGUCACCAAGUCUAUAUGAUGAGUCACGUUCCACCCAUCGAUGAUGAUGGCUCCAAGCUCUACAAGGAUUCUUGCUAUUCCCAAUACUUGAAUUUGCUCGGUAAUUAUGGUUCCAUUAUUGCCGGUCAUUUCAAUGGUCAUACCAACAACGACAAUUUAAAUGCUGUGAUUCCUGACGGAAAGAAGGACUUUACCUAUAUUGCUGCUGAUGACAAGGAUGCACGUGAUCUUAAGUCUACUUUAGCUAAAUCCGCUGUUGCUCUCUUCAACGCUCCCUCUAUUAUUCCUGUCCAUAACCCCGCUCUUCGUGUCUACACCUAUGAUAUUGAAGGCAAAGAUUACCCUUAUGGUACCAUCCGUAACUGGGAACAAUAUUAUAUUGAUCUGGACGAUGCCAAUAACGGUGGCCCCGUUGAAUUCAAACUUGAGUACAAUGCUACCCAUCUUUACGGUGUCGAUCAUUUUGAUGGUGCUGGUGUUGGUCAGGCCAUUACAAACAUUGUUAGUAACGACAAGUCUCGUGAUCUGUACAAGAAAUAUGCCCAAGUCUCCUCUUAAAAAUCGCACUAAAAGAAAACCGGUUUUUCUUUUUGAGUGUGUCCACAUACCAAUUAUUCCUUUUAAUAUCUCAAAAUAAAUUAAUCUUGUCAUUACCACCCCCCAUCCCAA